AUGUCAGCCGAUUUACGACGUCGCAUUGCAUCGGCCGAAGCCGAGUUGCAGUCGCUUCGCGAACAACUCGUGAAGGUUGAACAGGAGGAGCGUCUCCAGCAGCACCAGCAUGCACCAUCAAGCUGGCCCUGGCCACUCCAGUCCGAUGAAUACGAACGUUAUGCGCGCCAAUUGAUCUUGCCCGGCGUCGGCGUCGAGGGCCAGCUGCGGCUCAAGAAGGCGUCUGUGCUGAUUGUCGGCGCGGGCGGCCUGGGCUGUCCUGCGGCUCUGUACCUGGCCGGCGCUGGUGUGGGCCAUCUGGUGCUGGUGGACGGCGACACGGUUGAGGCGUCGAACCUGCACCGGCAGAUUGGGCACACGUCGGCGACCGUCGGGGCGUACAAGGUGGACAGUCUGGCGGCGGCGAUGCGCGCGCGGAACGGAAGUGUGCGGUACACGGUGCACCGCGAGCACUUGACGGUGGACAAUGUGGGUAGGCUUGUAGGCGGCUGGGAAAGCGAGAAAAGCGAGGACACAAAACUCGACCUGGUGCUGGACUGCACCGACCAUCCGGCCAUUCGGUACCUCAUCUCGGACGCCUGCGUGCGCGCUGGCAUUCCGCUCGUGUCGGCCGCGGCUCUCCGCACAGACGGACAGCUGGCCGUCCUCAACCACCCCGUGGGCGCGGGGCCCUGCUACCGGUGUGUGUUUCCACGGCCGCCGCCGACGGCCAGCCAGACAUCGUGUGCCGAGGGCGGCGUGCUGGGCCCUGUGGUGGGCGUCAUGGGCGUGCUGCAGGCGCUGCAGGCGAUCCGCGUGCUCGUGUCUGGGUCGGCAACCGUCACGGUCACGACUAAGACGGUGCCGCCGGCUCCGACGCUCACGCUCUUCUCGGCGGGCGGUGCCGGCGGUGGACUGGUGCCGCCGUCGUUUCGGACGGUACGGCUCAAGGGCCGGCGCGCAGACUGUUUUGCCUGCUCGGACGACGCACCGUUGAAGACGAUGGCGUCGCUGGGCGAUGCGUGGCCCGACUACGUGCAGUUCUGCGGCGGCAGCACGGCCGUGACGCAGCACAUUCUGCAGCCCGAGGAGCGCGUCUCGGUGUCGGCCUUCCGGCAAGUGCACGCGGACGGCGCGACCACGAGCGACGGGCGCGACAAGGCGGCGACGAAGCAGCGGCACUGGCUGCUGGACGUGCGCGAAAAGGAGUUUUACAACAUGGGCACCAUCUCCGGGGCGAUCAACGUCCCCUUCUCGCAGACGCAGACGGGGACGACAGGCGAGGGUUUUCCGUCGUGGCUCCCCGACGGCAUGGCCGACGAUACAGCGCCCAUCUAUCUGGUAUGCCGCGUGGGCAACGACUCGCAGGUGGUGACGCGGCAGCUCAAGACGCUGGGCCUAGAUAGAGGCGGCGCACGGUUUGUUGGCGACGUGGCCGGCGGCAUACUUGCGUGGAAACGCCAAGUCGACUCGACGAUGCCGUUUGUGUGA